CUUGUAAAUGACGUGUAAUUGACAUUUCACAUUACACCUCUCCGUCGGUGGAUCGUCUGCGCGAAGCAACCAGCAGCGUUGGAUUUCCACACAUUCGGCGUCAAACGAGUUACAUUCUGCCCUUAGGAAACAUGUGUCGAUAAGUGAACAAAUGAAAUCCGCACUAAUCGUCGACCCGUCGCGCUCCCAUAACAUGUACAUCCGGGAUUGGCGGCAAGCGCUACGCUCGCCCCCAACGUACCGCCUCGGCAACCGGAGUUUUCGCUUUCAUUUCCACGCAGCGCUUCUGGUCUUCGCCUUGGGCGCACUUUUCUUCAUAUUCUUCUACGUGAGGCCGAACUCCACGUCAUAUUCCGACAAUUGGCUUGCCAGGAACGCCGCCAGCUCACAGUAUUACAACGCAACAUAUCCACUGACUCCGCCGAUCGUCACGAAUGGCGUUUACACGUACCGAAUCGGUAUCAUCGCAGACUUGGACACUGACUCCAAAAGCAAGACGGAACCGAAUAUUUGGCGAAGUUACCUGAAGAAAGGUUACCUGAGCUACACGCCCUCGAAACGGACGGUAUCGGUUGCAUGGGACAGCGUGGAACCUGUUGAACUAAAGUCUGGGUUUUCUUUGAAAGGACGCGGCAUGGAAUUGUCGGAUUUGAUCGUCUUCAACGGGAAGCUCCUCUCGUUCGACGAUCGCACUGGGAUCAUUUACGAAAUCGAACAGGACAAGGCUUAUCCGUGGGUGCUGAUGACCGAUGGGGAUGGACAUUUGAACAAGGGAUUCAAGGCGGAGUGGGCGACCGUGAAAGACAGGCAGCUUUACGUCGGCUCCAUGGGGAAAGAGUGGACAACAAGCGCGGGGGAAUACGAAAAUGAGAAUCCGAUGCAUGUGAAAGUUGUGUCGCCAACUGGGGAAAUCAAGCACAUCAACUGGAUCAACAACUACAAAGCGAUUCGCGAGGUGAUCGGCAUCAAAUGGCCUGGUUACAUGAUCCACGAGUCGGGGAUGUGGUCCGAUUACCACAGGCGGUGGUAUUUCUUGCCAAGGAGGUGCUCUCAUGAAAAAUACAACGAAACCCGUGACGAGCUCAUGGGCUGCAACUACCUAAUAAGUACUGACGAAUAUUUCGUCGACAUAAAAUCCUCGAAAGUCGGGAAAAUCAUCCCCUCGCAUGGCUUCUCCAGCUUCAAGUUCAUCCCGGGAACCAAUGACAACGUCAUUGUGGCACUAAAAACUGAGGAAUUGAACGGCAAAACGGCAACCUACAUAACCGCCUUCACCCAAUCCGGCGAAAUUCUGCUGAAAGAAGAAAAAAUUCCAACAAAUCUCAAAUACGAAGGUAUUGAAUUUAUUUAGUUAGAAAAAAUAUGUUUUUGCGGUAGGAAGUCGUGAUGGAAGCAAAAUGAACGUCGCAGAGUGAGAAUCUGGACCGGAACAAUGUAAAUAAUUUUUAAACGAGAGGAAAUAGGCAAAGAAAGUAUUUGUAAAUAUAACAUUUCGAUUGACUGUCGCAAAUAAGUGUGUAGUUAGUUUGUACGUGUACUGUAACGAAAAUAAGCGAGAAAGCAGUUUCCAAUAGGCAAAAUAAAGCUGAUAUGUGAUUUACACCAAAA